GAGAAGCUCAUUCUUCGUCAUCGCAGUUAAUAUAAUAUAUUAUAGUAUCAAAAUUAAUAGAAUAGAGCAAAUUAAAUUUCUUCAUUCAAUUAUAUGAAAAAUAAAAAAAUAAAAGAAUAAUAAAAUUUAUAGGAGUAAACUGUGGCACGUUCACUAAAAAAAAAAUCCCUUUGUAUCUCAGAAUUUAUUAAAAAAAAUUGAGAAACUUAACAUAAAGGGAGAAAAAGAAAUAAUAAUAACUUGGUCCCGGGGAUCUACUAUUAUUCCAAUAAUGAUUGGUCAUACUAUUGCGAUUCAUAAUGGGAAAGAGCAUCUCCCUAUUUAUAUAAUGGAUCAUAUGGUCGGACACAAAUUGGGAGAAUUUGCAACUACUUUAAAUUUUCGAGGACAUGCAAAAAAUGAUAAUAGAUCUCAUCGGUAAUGUGAAUACUAAAAAAUAUCUUGAUGCUUAUGAGUCAUUAGUAGGAGGCAAACUUUAUGUACCAGAUGCUAAAUAAAAAAACCCCAGAAGUAUACGUUUUAGGUCGACGUAUAGCUAUGUCGGCUAAUAAAGCAAGAAGAGUUAUUUAUCAAAUUCGUGGGCGUUCCUAUGAGGAAACACUUAUUAUAUUAGAACUCAUGCCCUAUCGUGCCAGUUAUCAAAUUUUAAAAUUGGUUUAUUCAGCCGCAUCAAAUGCUAGUUACACUAUGGCUGCAAAUAAAGCAAAUUUAGUUAUUAGUAAAGCUGAAGUGAAUGAGGGGACUGCUCGAAAAAAAUUAAAACCUCGGGCUCGUGGGCGUAGUUAUCCAAUAAAAAGACCGACCUGCCAUAUCAGUAUUGUACUAAAAGAUAUUUCAUUCAAUGAUUCUGAAUCUGUGGAGCUCGGUUUGCUAAAAAAACCACAAGCGAAAAAAAAAUUCUAGAACUAAAGCAUAUUCUGAUAUCCAGAAUAGGAGGUAUUUAUGGGACAAAAAAUAAAUCCACUUGGUUUCAGACUUGGUACAAACCAGGCCCAUUAUUCACUUUGGUUUUCAAAACCAAAAACGUAUGCUGAAAAUCUGCAAGAAGAUCAAAAGAUAAGAGCUUUUAUCAAAAAUUAUGUACAAAAAAAUAGAAUCAAACCCUCGGCUACCGAGGGAAUUGCAAGUAUAUAUAUUAAAAAAAGACUCGAUCUAAUCCAAGUCAUAAUAUAUAUGGGAUUUCCAAAAAUAUUUAUGGAAAAUAGCCCACAG